GGUGACUAGGGCCCUCGCGAAUUUAGGGCUCCAGGAGAGAAAGAACACAAAAGAGAAGAUCGCUCGUCUCGCUGCAACGGGCUUCUUCGGGCAGCAACGUUGAUAGAAUCUUGCGAAGGAAGCCCAGAGCAAUGGACCGCUAUGAGCGAGUGGAGAAGCCACGCAAUGAGACCCCAAUCAGUGAGAAUGAGAUCCGGAUUACCACGCAGGGGAAAAUGCGCAACUACAUUACCUAUGCGAUUAGCCUGAUACAGGAUAAAGGCUCCGAGGAGAUUGUGCUCAAAGCAAUGGGACGAGCAAUCAACAAAACAGUGGCGAUUGUCGAGAUUGUCAAGAGAAGGAUUGCUGGCCUGCAUCAAAUCACCACGAUUGGGUCGACUGAUAUCACGGACUCGUGGAAGCCACUCGAGGAAGGACUUGUUCCGCUGGAAACGACACGGCACGUAUCGCUUAUCUGCAUUACCCUGUCAACGAAAGAGCUAGACAAGGAUUCCACAGGGUAUCAAGCGCCUCUCCCACCUGACCAAGUGAAACAGUCGGGAGAAUUCGACUACGAUGGAGGAGAGAUUUCACCACAGGGCGGCGGCCGCGGCCGAGGCCGUGGCGGCGGCGGCGGUCGAGGUAGAGGAGUGUUUGUAGGCAACAAUCCAGCGGCUGGACGUGUCCGAGGCCGAGGCCGGGGCCGUGGAGGCCGAGGUCGAGGCCGAGGUGGUGGAGAGGGAGGAGGGGAGACAUCAUACCAAGAAGGCCCUCACACCGAAGAGACCGGAGGAGAGGCUGUCCGAGGACGAGGACGUGGACGUGGCCGUGGACGAGGCCGAGGCCGCGCGGGCGUUGCUUGAUAUCUCCUUAGUGGUCCCCUCUACAGUAGAAGUCCUUUUGAAAAUUUUUGGCGAAUUCUUUUUGUACACUCGAAAUCACUGGUAGGCUUCCGCUAGGCUUCCGCUUUUGUUUUGUUCC